GCUGCACCCCUGCGCCACAACGAGCCCCUCGCCCUGGUCGUCCUCGGCCCAAGGGAUCCGCAGCGCACGGGGCGCGGGCGCAAGGGCCCCGUCGCGCGGCGGACGCCGCUAUUUAAUCGACCGCAGCCCGCCCACCACGAUGCUGCCAUCUACCGCCUCGGACGCGCCGAGGUUCAAUGCGCCCGGAACGCCAUGGAAGCGGAGCUCGACCCAGCGCUGCAAAUUUCGUGGGUCCGCGGCGUCAUUUGGGACGACGAAGCCACUGCCGAAACCGACGGGGCCCCCGCGGAUCCGUUCGCCCAGCAGUUCGCAGGCGGCGCCCCAAUCAAAGGGCAGCGUAAGCCUGUCUCGGGCGACGGCCCUGCCCAACAACGGGCAAUGCAGCGGCGCCACCAAGCCAGCGCCGACCCAAGGAAAGUGGCGCUAGACGCAGAGCUCCAACAAGGCUUUGACUCCCUGCGGGAGCAACUCUCCCCGCGCGGGGCCCUUGCCGAGACCUGCAAGUCCCCGUGCAGCCCUGGGCAAGCGCAGCUGGGCAAGCGCAGCUUGUCGGCCACCUUAGGCAUCGAGCCUGCUCGCGUUCGCGACGUGUUCGGCGCGUCGGGCCAACGAGGGGCGACCAUCGACAUCCCCCUCGACCGCGGCAUCCCACCGCCAGACACCGCGAGCAAGUGCGACGUCAUCUGGCAUCCAGACCCUUGGUCGGACUUCGCCACGGCCUACGCUGACUCAGUCAAGCUAAAGUCCGAAGUUGCCGAAGCUGUCUCGCUGGCCAUUCGCGGCAGCGCCGCCGCGCUGGCAACCGCCAAGUGCCGCAUUGCCGGCUUGGGCGCAGCAGUGGCGACGCGCGGCCAAAUCCCCAACGUCAUCGCGACCGCCAGAUGGGUCACCGAGGUGCGCCACGCGGGCCGGGGCGAAACUGCCGCUGGCAAUUUCGCGCUCCCCAAGGCAGACGCAGCGCCGCCCGCGACCACCUUGAAGGCCAAAG